UUGAAUGUAUGUAGCAAUGAUGGGGUACUUAAUCUUUGCACUUCGUGUGACAAGUCAGGUAGACAAAUGGUGCAUUCCAAAGACACCCUAGAUAUAUAUCUAAAAGGCUGUUGAGGCCCUGAAUUGAAAGGGAGAGCAAUUAGCAAGCCCAACUUGUGAACAAUGUAACAUUAAUAGUAAGUUGACAAUUAACGGUGAAGGUCAUUACCGGAUUAUUUCUGAGAAGGCGUAGUUCAAUCUCUUGUGAAUAAUGUGUAUAAAUUGGACGAUCCUAGUUAGUUAGUUAUCACUUCCAACUUUGUUUCUCAGUUCAUUUUGAAUCUUUGCAGGGAGCAGUCUACAUAAAGGGAAUUUCCGUUUUGAGAAUGAAAUUCAAAAUUUCCGACUUGAGAAUGAGAUUCAAAAUUUCCGAUUUGAGAAUUAAAUUAAAAAUUUCCGUGAAAUCAUGUCCUUAGUAAAAGAAAUCUUAUACAUAUAUUUUUCUGUGAAAGUGACGGUGACUGGGGGAAAGAACUAGAAUGUUUUAUUGUAGCAUAUCCUCGACAUCCUGGAAAAGAAUUAAAGCUUUACUAUUUUUAAUGAUAUUAAUAGCAGAAUUUAUUUCGGAGAGUGGGGGGGUUGACGUUGAGUCCUUUCUACUCGAUAAGGAUGAGGAUGACGAGUCUGAUGAUAGACGUGUGGGUGGGGCUCAUAUUUUUAACAAAAAGACGAGAAGAUUGCUCCUAAGAUUGUUUCGGAGACGGAUUAAAAUUCCAGAAAAAAGCUCCCUUUCCCUCGCCACGCAGGUCAGCAGGCCAAACAUUUUCCCAGGAUUGUUUAAUCAAGAAGAUGGUUUCAUUACGGAUGCCGUGGUUGAGGUUCCCUUGUGGCUGGACUUGGACGACUUUGCCGAAGCAAUGUACGCAAUCAACUCUACAGGUCAUGCCAAAGCUGCCGGUUUUAUUGGGACGGAACGGUGAGCGUUGAGGGUUUUUAGUUUAAAAAUCGAGACGUACUUUUCCUCCUUCCUCUCAUCUUUUUUUAUUAAUAAUAAAAGAUAAUUGAUAAUAUUUAGUCUACUUCAUCAUUAAAAGAAUUCCUCUCCUUGUUGCAUAGGUGCUUUUUGUACGCGAAAUUGGAAUGGCUCCUUGGACUGGUUGCUCAACUUUCUGAGAAAGUUGCUCAUACUUGUCUUCUCAAAUUCGUUUGCGAAACACAAUCAAUA